GUGUCAAGCUGGAAGUUCCGCUCUGAGGUUGAGCAGUCUUGAAUGUUUCCCUGUGUUGUGCUCUGAACUCUUCUACUGGGUACUGUGAGGGGACGCUCUGAAGUCGUGAUAUGGAUGCAGUGACCUACGAUGAAGUGCAUGUGAACUUCACUCAGGAAGAGUGGGCUUUGCUGGAUCAUUCCCAGAAGAGUCUCUACAGAGAUGUGAUGCUGGAGACCUACAAGAACCUCACUGCUGUAGGCUACAAUUGGGAAGACCAUAAUAUUGAAGAACAUUGUCAAAGUUCUAGAAGACAUGGAAGUUAUCUUCACAGGCAUGAAACAAGUCAUCCUGGUGAGAAACCCUCUGAAUAUACUCAUUGUGGUAAAGCUUUUGCAUAUCAGAGUCAUCUUCAAAGGCAUGAAAGAAUUCAUACUGGAGAGAAACCCUAUGAUGAUAUUCAAUGUGGUGAAGCCUUUGCGGGCCACAGUAAUCUCCAAGUACAUAAAAGAAUACAUACUGGAGAGAAACCCUUUCAGUGUAACCAAUGUGGUAAAGCCUUUGCAUAUCCCAGUAAUCUUCAAAGGCAUGAAAGAAUUCAUACAGGAGAGAAACCCUAUGAAUGUAAUCAAUGUGGUAAAGCCUUUGUAACUCACAGUGAUCUCCAAAUACAUAAAAGAACACAUACUGGAGAGAAACCCUAUGAGUGUAAUCAAUGUGGUAAAGCUUUUGCAUGUAACAGUCAUCUUCAGAGGCAUAAAAGAAUUCAUACAGGAGAGAAACCUCAUGAAUGUAAUCAAUGUGGUAAAACCUUUGCACGUCACAGUACCCUACAAGUACAUAAAAGAAAACAUGCUGGAGAGAAACCUUAUGAAUGUAUUCAAUGUGGUAAAGCCUUUCCUUCUCAUAAUCUUCUUCAUAUACAUAAAAGAACACAUACUGGAGAGAAACCCUAUGAGUGCAAUCAAUGUGGUAAAACCUUUGCAUAUCACAGUCAUCUUCAAGUUCAUGGAAGAAUUCAUACAGGAGAGAAACCUUAUAAAUGUAGUCAGUGUGGUAAAGCCUUUGCAUGUCACAGCAAUCUCCGAGUACAUAAAAGAAAACAUACUGGAGAGAAACCCUGAAUUUAACCAUUAUGGUAAAGCCUUUUCACAACACAGCCGUGUCCAAGUACAUAAAAGAACACAUACUGGAGAGAAAUCCUAUGAAUUGUAACCACUGUGGUAAAGCCAUUGCACAUCACAGUCAUCUUCAAAGGCAUGAAAGAAAUCAUACUGAAAGGAAACCCUGAGGGUGUAUUUAAUAUGGUGAAGCUUUUGCACAUCAUCAUGAAAGAAUUUGUACUGGAGAGAAACCUUAUGAAUGUAUUUAGUAUGGUGAAGCCUUUGCACACACACUAUUAUAGUCUUCAUCAUUAUUAAAGUAUUCAUAAUGCUUAGAAAUUUUAUGAAUGUAAGCAAUGUGGUAAAGCCUUUGUGUUAUGGGGUCUACUGAGAUCCCAGGUCAAUGCAAGUAACAAUAAUUUAUUGUAAUCAAACUGCUAUUGAUCGAUUGGGGCCACAGAAAAUAUUUGGAAGCUGAACGGCAGAGACUGGGAACUAGAAAUGGUGUACUCAAGUGACGUAUUUUCUCCAGCACGCCAGCAUUUUCUAAAUCUUCCCAAAUCCUACUAACUGAAAAGGAUUGAUUUUUCUGACUUAAAGCCUACAUGCUGGCUUUCUGUUACACAAGCCACUUCAUAAUGAAAAAAACUCUAGAUAAGCCUUAACACCUGAGUUAUAGGAAUGAAUGCUUACACAAGAAAAACUUUUGUGAAUAAAAAUUUAUUUGUUUAA